GGGGGGGGGGAAGCGGCGACAUAUAAUAACGCUGUGUUUCCCUGCUGGGAUUGUCUCUCAGAAUAAGUCGUGGCAAGGAUAUUAUCACUCGCCUGAUCAAAAUGGUAUCCUGGUAUGCGCUUGGGAUCGCUUUCUUUGCCGCUAUUGGCACCUUUCUCUUUGGCUUUGACACGGGUAUUGCUACAACAACAAUCGCUCAUACAAGUUGGAUCGAGUACAUGAACCAUCCAUCAGAUGGCCUCACCGGUGCUGUUGUGUCAGUUUACAUUGCAGGCGAGGCAGGGGGUGCCCUCACACAGACCUUCUUAGGUGAUAAACUCGGUCGUAUCCGGUUCAUGCAAAUGAUGUGCAUCGUGGUUACGAUCGGAACAACCAUCCAGACCGCGUCGGUGAACAUUGGGAUGUUCCUAGCUGGUCGAUUCUUGGCCGGCUAUGCUGUCGGAGGACUGGUAGCGACUGUUCCCAUCUACCUUAGUGAGAUCUCGGAUCCUCGGUAUCGCGGUUUCAUCGGAGGCAUCUCGGGCUGUGGCAUCUCAUUUGGUACCAUGGCAUCUAACUGGAUUGGGUUCGCCUGUGGAUUCGCAUCCUAUGGACCAGUGCAAUGGCGUCUACCAUUGGCGAUCCAGAUUCCAUGGGGAAUCGUCAUGUUCAUCGGUCUGGCGACCUUCAUGCCAAACUCGCCCCGUCAACUUAUUCGACAUGGCAAGGUUGAAGAGGCACGCACCGAAUUCGCCAAGAUCCGACGCGACCUGCACUCUCACGAGGUCCAACAGGAGUUUGUGCUCAUGCGUGCCCAGAUCGAGUACGAGAUGGAGAGGGAGCUCACCUCCUACCGGGAGAUAUUUAAGCUCUUCAGACAUCGUGUGUUUGUAUCCAUUGCUGUCCAGACCAUGACGAGUUUGACUGGUGUCAAUGUGAUUCAAUACUAUCAAACAACGCUGUAUAAAUCCCUCGGCAUUAGCUCAACAAUGAUUCUUGCCCUCGCAGGUGUUUACGGCACGAUUGCUUUUCUUGUCAACAGCAUUACCACAAGAUUUCUUACCGACCAAUGGGGUCGCCGAAAGAUGUUGCUUGCCGGUCUCGCCGGCAUUGUGGUCAUCGAGAUCUACGCUGCUAUCAUGCAGAGGGAAUUUCAAAAUACAUCCAAUCGUGUCGGGAAGGGGUUUGCUAUCCUGGGAAUCUAUCUUUUUGUCGUUGCAUACUACGGUAUGCUCAACAGCACAACCUGGCUCUACGGCGCUGAAGUCCUGCCCAUCUCCCUCCGCAGCAAAGUCAUGGGUCUUGCUGCAGCAUCACAUUUUGUUGUCAACGUCGCAGUCACCGAAGCAGGUCCCAGUGCGUUUGCCCAUAUUCAGGAGAACUACUACUACGUCUUCGUCGUGUGCACGGCCUUCUUCCUCGUGAUUGCAUACUUCUACUUCCCUGAAACCCGGAAUAUGACUCUUGAAGAAAUCGCCGCGGCCUUUGGCGAUAGAGUCGUUGAUGCCGAUGAUGUGGAUGGAGCUAACAAGUCGGGGUUGCAUCAUGUCGAGGAGAUUCCUUGAAUAUGAUAUGAUUGCAGAUUGUGUCUUAAUGAGGUGAUUUUCCUUGGAGAUUUAUCUGAUGUAUCUAUAUAACUAGUAGUACAAAUAGCAAGUAAGCAUGGACUCUGUCCCUAUUUACC